AUAAAGGCAUUGUGUGACACGAGGAUAAGACAGCAGGUGCGAGGUCACCUUCAGUUUCAACAAGCAGAAAGAUUUGACGGAGUAGGGCGGUAGAAAAACUUCUGAGGUAAUACAAAACGGAUUACAAUAAAGGCGCGAUUGGAAAGAACAACGAGUAUUUUCAUCGGAAUCCAUUAACAUUUUCCACAACUUUUAAGAGAUUAUAUUUUUUUGAAGAUUGUGCAACAAAAGGAAGAGAAAGUGAAAUUAAAUCAUUGCAUGUAAGAAGCCAUUACAAGGUGCAAGGCUGAGGAAAAGAUCAUACUGAAAUGGCUUCCAACUUGUCUCUUCCAGAAGAAGACUUAACCUGUUCCGUGUGCAUGGACAUCUUCACAGACCCCAUGGUACUAAAAUGCAGCCACAGCUUCUGUAACGCCUGUUUGCACAAGUGUUGGGAGGAGAAAGAGGCAAGAGAAUGUCCGAUUUGUAGAGUGAAAACAACAGAGGACCCGACUUGUAAUCGGGCCUUGAAGAACCUGUGUGAGACCUUUUUGAAACACAAGAUUGAGAAACCAGCUUUUGCGUCCGAUUCCCUCUGUAGUCUCCACGGUGAGAGACUCAAGCUCUUCUGCCUGAACGACGAGGAGCUGCUCUGCCUCAUCUGUCAAACUUCAGAGAAGCACGACAACCACAAACUGCGACCCGUCCAAGAAGCAGCACUUAAGUAUAAGGAGGAGCUGGAGACAGUGCUGAUGCCCCUACAGGACAAGCUGGAGGCCUUUACUAAAGAGAAACAGAAGAGUGACCGAGAAGCUGAGUUAAAGAGCCAGGCUGAGUGCACAGUCAUAGAAAUACAAAAGCAGUUUGAGAAACUUCACCAGUUUCUGAGAGAUGAAGAGGCAGCCAGGAUCGCUGCACUGAGGGAGGAAGAGGAGGAGAAGAGCCAGAGGAUGAAGGAGAGGGUUGAAGAAAUGACAAAUGAGAUUUCAUCCCUGACAGGAGUGAUCAGAGCCUUAGAGCAGAAAAUGAAGGCUGAUGAUAUCUCUUUCCUGCAGAACUACAAGGCCACAAAGAGAAGAGGCCAGUACAAAGUGUCCGAUCCAGAGAAGGUAUCAGGAGAGCGUAUCGAUGUGGCCAAACACCUGGGCAACCUGAUGUACAGAGUGUGGAAGAAGAUGAAGAGGAUUGUUCAGUACACUCCUGUCACUCUAGAUCCAAACACUAAAGGAGAUCAUCUUACCCUGUCUGAGGAUCUGACCAGCCUGAGAUACAGUGGGGAGACAGAGCUGAGUUCUGAUGAUGAUGAUCAUGAUGAUGAUGAUGAGGUUGAUGACGAUGAGGUUGAUGACGAUGAUGAUGACGAUGACGAUGACGAUGAUGAUGACGAUGACGUUGAUGAUGAUGAUGAUGAUGACAGUAAUAAUGAUGAUGAUGAUGAUGAUGAUGACAGUGAUGAUGACGAUGAUGAUGACGAUGCUGAUGACGAUGAUGUUGAUGAUAAAUAUUUGGUGUUUGGAUCUGAAGGCUUCACAGGGAAACACUGCUGGGAUGUAGAGGUUGGGGAUAAUCCUGUCUGGGCGCUCGGCGUAGCUGAGAUAUCAUACAAAGAUGGAGAGCCUGAGCGGGGUAAAAUGUGGGGUAUAUUUUAUGAAGGUGGGGAGUAUGGAGUCCGUACAAGUUCAGGGAAGGAUGUAACGCUGAAUCUUACGAGUGAAGUGAAAAGCGUCAGAGUGCAGCUGAACUGGGACAAGAACAGGUUGUGCUUCUCUGACCCCACUAACAGCACGUCUCUGCACACUUUCAAAAGAGAAAUAUUCAGUGAGAGUAUGUUUCCAUGGUUUUCCGUUGGCUCUGAUUCUGGUCCUCUGAGAAUCUGCCCAAUGAAGGUCUCUGUCACAGUUGGAUAGCGGUGCUCUGAUGGGGAAACUGAUCAGACUACAGCCAAUAGAGAGAGCAGGGGAUGAUCUCACUGUCUGUCAAAUGUAUUAAGUUCAAUCUACCCAAUAAACUCAACGAGCAGUAGAAUCAAUAUCAGCUUUGUUUGCUCUCAAAAUUAUUUUAUCCCUCCAAGUUCUCCAACCACAGCUCAUGUUGGCUCUUUGAUUGAAAGACUCUCCCAAAGUCAAUGCUUUUAUUAUGAACUUAAUGGGGCCCAUCCACACACUGGAACCGUGCCUUAAACCUGUUAUAUUUGGAAUCAAUUUGACCCCAUUUAAAGUUUACCGACUCCAAAAACAUGGUUAACAUACAUUUUUAAGCUAGAUUUUUCAUGGCUUUUCCUAAUUUUAUUGGGAAAACAUGGUAAACAUAAAAUUAACUCAAUGGUGUUUUUUGUCCUGUACACAUCGGUGUUGUUUGGGGUCAUUUUGACCCCAAGCUCAAUAGUUAUAUAAAACCUGAGAAGAUAUGAGCCUUUUGAUAUAAACUCAUUUUGAUCUUGUUUUUGCUGUUUUGGCUGAUACUGAGGGCGCAUUCACAUUAACUUUUAUGAUCUUAAAAAAAUAUUUUCCUUGCUUUAUACCCCGAACACAAGACAUUUCCCACGGCUUUCCAAAAUAAGUAACUGUACCUUACUGAACCCGUGUUCAGCAGUUGUCUACGAUCAUGAAAAUGC